AUGGUUAAACACCAACCCCUGCAGUACUACGAGCCCCAGCUAUGUCUGUCCUGUCUGACCGGGAUCUACGGCUGCCGCUGGAAACGGUACCAGCGGUCACAUGAUGACACCACCAAGUGGGAGCGCCUCUGGUUUCUCAUCCUCACCUCAUCCUUCUUCCUCACCCUGGUCUGGUUUUACUUCUGGUGGGAAGUUCACAAUGACUACAAUGAAAUCAACUGGUUUUUAUAUAACCGAAUGGGAUAUUGGAGUGACUGGUCCAUUCCAAUCCUUGUAACAACUGCUGCUGGCUUUACCUACAUUACAAUGUUACUGAUCCUGGCACUGUGUCACAUAGCUGUGGGACAGCAGAUGAACCUGCACUGGCUGCACAAGAUUGGCCUGGUGACAACCUUGAUAACUACUGUGGUGACCAUGUCAUCGAUAGCACAGCUUUGGGAUGAUGAAUGGGAGAUGGUAUUUAUUUCAUUGCAGGCCACAGCCCCUUUCUUGCAUAUAGGAGCCCUGGCAGCUGUCACAGCACUGUCGUGGUUGGUGGCAGGGCAGUUUGCACGGACAGAGAAAGCCACUUCCCAGAUGCUGAUGUUCUCUGCAUACCUGGCAGUUGUAGUUGCACUUUACCUCGUCCCUCUCACCAUCUCUUCCCCCUGCAUCAUGGAGAAGAAGGCCCUGGGACCCAAGCCAGCCAUCCUGGGGCACCGUGGGGCACCGAUGCUGGCACCAGAAAACACUCUGAUGUCCUUCCAGAAGGCAGUGGAGCAGAAGGUGUAUGGAGUCCAGGCUGAUGUGGUGUUGAGCUAUGAUGGGGUGCCCUUUCUGAUGCAUGACAAGACUCUCAGGAGAACAACAAACGUGGAGGAGGUGUUUCCAGAGCGGGCCUACGAGCACUCCUCCAUGUUCAACUGGACUGACCUGGAAAAGCUCAACGCUGGAGAGUGGUUCCUGCAGAAUGACCCUUUCUGGACAGCAGGGUCUCUCUCAAGGGCUGACUACUUGGAGGCUGCCAACCAGUCAGUCUGCAAGCUGGAAGAUAUGCUGGAGGUCAUCAAGGGCAACACAUCUCUCAUCCUGAACUUCCAGGACCUGCCAGCAGCUCAUCCCUACUACAGCACCUACAUCAACAUCACCCUGGAAACCAUCCUGGCAUCGGGAAUUCGGCAGCAGGCUGUGAUGUGGCUUCCUGACACAGAGAGGCAGCUGGUCAGACAAGUUGCUCCAGGUUUCCAGCAGACUUCUGGCCUCAAGUUGGAUGCAGAGCGCCUGAGGGAGAAGGGCAUCGUGAAGCUCAACCUGCGCUACACCAAGGUGACCAGCGAGGAUGUCAGGGACUACAUCAUGGCCAACCUGAGUGUGAACCUGUACACGGUGAACGAACCCUGGCUGUUCUCCAUCCUGUGGUGUGCUGGUGUCCCCUCGGUCACCUCCGACAGCUCCCACAUCCUCCAAAAGGUGCCUUUCCCCAUCUGGCUCAUGCCUCCAGACGAGUACCACCUAAUCUGGAUCACAUCUGAUCUCAUUUCAUUUCUCGUAAUUGUAGGAGUUUUUAUAUUCCAGAAGUGGCGCCUGGGAAGCAUCAGGACCUACAACCCGGAGCAGAUCAUGCUCAGCGCUGCCGUGCGCCGCUCCAGCCAGGACGUCAAGAUCAUGAAGGAGAAGCUGAUCUUCUCAGAGAUCAACAACGGCGUGGAGACCACAGAUGAGCUGUCAUUCUGCUCAGAGAAUGGCUUUGCCAACGAGAUGGUGACGCCCACGGAUCACCGGGACACCAAACUCCGGCUGAACUGAGGACUCUUCUCUGGCCCCGCGUGCUCUGGCAGAGAGAGCCGUGCUCUCCUGCUUCCCCUGGGAUGGGAAGGGGAACCUCUGAGGAACUGCUGCUUGAGCAGAAACCUGCUCCCACUUCCCACCACUGGCUGCUCCACCUCCCUGGUUGUGAGGCUGGGGGGCUUGUUUUUGUAAAUAUGUAGAAAACUUCAAUUUUUUUUUUUUUUUUUUGGAGUGUAACUUUUCCAGGGCAUGAGUGGGAAUACAGUGUUCAUUAAAUCCUCAACCUUAUGGCUGAAGUUCUUUGAAUCUUAAUGUGAGAGCCUGAGUACUCUUAGGGGGUUUGGGGAGCAACACGUUGGAUGUGUCUCCCUUUCCUCCCCCUCUCCCAAAUCCAGUCCUUCCCCUGGUGCAGCGACUGUGCAGCUGAAUGUUGUGAUGUUCUUGUGACGUGCUGAUUUUGUCAUGGUUUCUUUUCUUUUGUUUUCCCUUGUUCCCUUUCCCUGGGCAAUGAAAUCGUAGCUCUGAAGCAUCAGGAGGGUGUUGGGAGAAGAGAAGCUCGCCUAGGAGAGGAAUUCAUGCUGCUCUUCCCCACUGAAGUUCAGAGCCAGGGAAGGGCUUGCACUGGCUCAGUCAUUUGGGCACCUGCUCCUUGACCCAUCCUCCUUCCCCAAAGCCCCGAUGCUCCAUGAGGAGUGGCCUUCUUGGAAUGUCUUGCCAGUUUUGAAAGGCAAAUCCUGAGCACUGGCUGUCAGUUGGGCUCUGCUGGCAGCAGGUUUAGAUUUUUUUUUUCCUCCUUUUUUUCUCUCUUCUCCCCAAGCUGGGCUCUGCUGGGAGUCCAAGUGGCUUGUGACAGAAAUGCCGUGGGCACCAUCACUGCUGGGAUCUGGCUGAAGUGCCUGCCACUCCAAGUGGCAUUUGCAGUCACUCCUUGCUUUCCUGCAGAAGAGGAGGUGAUGGUGC